GGUGUGGCCACGAGGAAGUAAGAAAUACGGGUGAGAACGACCCUCUCGCUUUAAAGUGCGGAUCAUUUUUCUUUCGUCGUAGUUGUUGCAGCAUUUACAGUGAUACAGACGCUCGAAUUAAAUGUACCGUAGGAAGGAAAAACGUGACAUUCCAACAUUCCUUAUUUGAAAAAGGAACCUUGUUGUCUUACAUUUGUCUCCACGCAACGUCAGAGGAGGAAGUGCAGAGCCGGCAGUUCAAGUCUGACCAGUUCGUGCAGGUUUUGACCUAGAAAGCCGUGGGAGAGCCGAUAGAGCACCUUUAAUCACAAGACUUUCAGUAUAGUCGAUCGUUAUGGCGCAGGUGCACCUUUUGUCGCUGCUUCUGCUUUUCUCCGUGUGCGGGCUUCGGGCCAGCCUUUUAAAAGGUUUUCCAGAAUGUAACAGUUGGUUCGACGAGUUUCUUGAAAACACGGUUGACCCCGAGUCGCUUACUAACGGCGCCAGCUACCUGGCCUAUGCUGCGCAGGUAAGCUCGGCUGAAGAGUGCCAAAACAUCUGCUGUACCACCAAAGGAUGUGAUCUGGCCGUCGUAGAGAACAACCAAGGCCUUAAGUGUCAUUUGGUCAACUGUCCUGAGAACGGCGUCGACAGUUCCUGCGUACUGGCAGGUCGUCCAAAUUUCAACAGCUAUCGCCGACAUACAGUCAAUUGCUCGGCACCACCUGCAGUAGGCCCCUGUCGGGCUUCAUUUCCUCGUUUUUUCUUUAAUUCCACCAGCCAGUCCUGCCAGCUUUUUAUAUAUGGUGGUUGUCUAGGAAAUGAUAACAACUAUUUGAGUAUGGAGGACUGUCAGAGCUUCUGUGGCCAAGGCACAGUGUUACCUCAGGUUUUGACCAGUCAGGAUGAAGAUCAGAAUAAGGUCACAGAAGAUACCACUGCAUAUGCAGAAUACUGCCUGACAGAGCCUGCUGUUGGACUUUGCAAAGCAUCAAUGCCUCGCUACUUCUACAACAGUAAUGCAAAGAUGUGCCAGACUUUCAUCUAUGGAGGUUGCAUGGGGAACAAGAACAACUAUCUAACAGAGGAGGAAUGCCAGGCUAAGUGUGCAGUGACCGUUGCCCCAAAGGCCCUAACUGAAAAUAUUCCUGAAGCAUAUAAAGAACGCUGUAUGGCAAAGAAAGAAACUGGUCCCUGCCGUGCCAGUUUCAUGAGCUGGUAUUUUGACCCAAUUGCCAAGAACUGUCUUCCUUUUACAUAUGGUGGCUGCCUGGGUAACCAGAACCGGUAUGAAUCAGUCAAGGAGUGUAUGGACAGCUGUGCUGCAGGUCCAGCAGCUUACAAUUACAAUCAGCCUGGACACAAUGUUCAAACUCAUUACAACAAAGUCUUCUUCCUUGCCUCUGUACUCUCAAUUAUGACGGUUCUGCUGGUGAUCGGUCUGAUCUUGAUAUCUGUAAAGAGAAUAAAGUCUCGUCAGGUCAUUGUGAAAGAAGACAAGGAGGAGCUGCUGCCUGCCUAUGGUCACAAUGACUCGGCUUAAAGCCAUGGUGAUCAACGACUGGAGCCUGCCAUCUUGUUUCUUUUUCUGUCUGUUUCUUUCUUGAUUCACACUCCUGGCCUACCUGUGUAAAGGAAACAAAAGGCCCAUCUUUGUACUGUUGUACUGUCCAUAGCAUGUCUGAUAUUGUACACUCAAGGAGGUAAAUGUGGGCUGUUUUUCUUUAAAUUGAACAAAAAAAAAUUUGUCUGCACAGUUUAAACAUAACAGUGAAUAAAACUGCAAAUGGGUGUGAAUGACAAAAAACAAAUAGGAGUUACAUACCUAAGGGAUCUGUGAUGGGAUUUUGGGCUCGAGUCACAAAGUGAUUCGUUCCAAGGAAAGGAGUGUUUGUUUGUAACUGAGCUCUGGAGUCUGUCUGAUGCAAAUGGAGUGGAUGCAGACUAACCUCUGUGGUGCAGUUUUUCUGCUAAUGCUUGCUUUGCAAAUGCCUUCAUUGCCUCUGCUUGACAAAUUGUAGGAACAAAGCUUUAGCCUCUAGAAAUUAUGGUGCCCAUGUUAAAAUGGUAUAUGCUAAUUUAAUUAUAAAGGUUUUUUUUUUGCUUUUUGCAGACAAAAUAUUAAUACCUUAUUUAGCACCAGCAGUGUUUUGUCUUAGUAGCACCUUUGUUAUGCAAAAGUGGUUUUCAGGAUGGCUUUAAUAUGAUUUUUUUUUCUUUGCCUGUUUUUGAAUAGUGGGGUUAUUUAGGAUUGUUAUUUAAGUGUCAUUUUUGUGUUUGGAUCCCCCAUCCAUUUGUCACCUAAUUUUUAUCACCACUCCCCCUCUUCCCUCUCUCUCUCUCUCUCUCUCUCUCUCUCUCUCUCUCUCUCUCCUUUUGUACAUAUACAACCUCCACCUCUCUAAUGGCUUUCCAUUUGCUCUGUUGUCUGUGAUUUCCGAGGGUGUGUCCAUUUUACCUUUCUUUUGCUACUUACUGGAAGUGGUGCUGCCCCUGAAGAAAGUCGCUCAGCGAGAAGGUUGCCGAGGUCUGCUGGACCUGCAUGCCUCCUACCCGGAGCUCCACUGGACUGCUGGUGAAACGCAAGGCUUUGGCCACACUGUUUGGGUGCAGGCUGCUGACUUCAGUUUCCCUGAUUUUUAAAGUAAUGUUCUGGGUUUUUAAAAUUUUUACAAAUAAACUGAAACAUAAUCGUCAA